ACCAGAGGCAUGCGGCUGCCCCGCUUCUCCAGCGCUUUAGUGUUUUCACUCUUGAUAGCACAGACCUGCAUCCUGGUCUUCCUGGUCUCCCGGCAAACGCCACGGUCCCCAGCGGGCAGUAGGGAGCAUGUGCACGUGCUGGUGCUGUCCUCGUGGCGCUCGGGCUCGUCUUUUGUGGGCCAGCUCUUCAGCCAGCACCCAGAUGUCUUCUACCUGAUGGAGCCGGCUUGGCACGUGUGGGAUGCCCUGUCGCAGGGCAGUGCCCCCGCGCUCCACAUGGCCGUGCGUGAUCUGGUCCGUUCAGUGUUCCUAUGCGACAUGGACGUGUUUGAUGCCUACCUGCCCUGGCGCCGCAACAUCUCAGAUCUCUUCCAGUGGGCGGUGAGCCGCGCGUUGUGCUCGCCUCCGGUCUGCAACGCCUUUGCUCGCGGCCACAUCAGCAGCGAGGAAGUGUGCAAGUCUCUGUGCGCAACGCGGCCCUUCGGCCUGGCCCAGGAAGCCUGCAGCUCUUACAGCCACAUAGUGCUCAAGGAGGUGCGCUUCUUUAACCUGCAGGUUCUCUACCCGCUGCUCAGUGACCCUGCGCUCAACCUACGCAUCGUGCACCUGGUGCGCGACCCGCGGGCGGUGCUGCGCUCCCGAGAGCAGACUGCCAAGGCGCUGGCACGGGACAGCGGCAUCGUCUUGGGUACUAACGGCACGUGGGUAGAGGCGGACCCCGGGCUGCGCGUGGUCAGUGAGGUGUGCCGCAGUCACGUGCGCAUCGCAGAGGCCGCCUUGCACAAGCCACCGCCCUUCCUGCAAGAUCGCUACCGCCUGGUGCGCUAUGAAGAUCUGGCCCGGGACCCGCUCACCGAGAUCCGUGAGCUCUACGCCUUUACCGGCCUGGACCUCACGCCGCAGCUCCAGACUUGGAUCCACAACAUCACACACGGCUCAGGGCCAGGCGCACGCCGUGAGGCCUUCAAGACCUCAUCCAGGGAUGCGCUCGUUGUGUCCCAAGCCUGGCGUCAUGCGCUGCCCUUUGCCAAGAUUCGGCGGGUCCAGGAACUGUGUGCGGGCGCACUGCAGCUGCUGGGUUACCGACCUGUGUACUCCGAGCUUGAGCAGCGGGACCUCUCUCUGGACCUCCUGCUGCCGAGAGGCAUGGACAGUUUCAAGUGGGCUUCUUCCACUGAUGCGCAGUCAGAAUCUUAAGAGUUUUAGUGGAUGGGGCUGGAGAGAUGGCUCAAAGGUUAAGAGCAUUGACUGUUCUUCCCCUGAGUUCAAUUCCCAGCACCAC